AAUGUCUAGUGCCUUAGUCUCUGUUUUACAAACAAAUGGAUGCUAGCUGAACGCCUAAAAAUGUGCUUCUUCAACUUAACAUUACAACAACUAUUAUGUGUGGGUGCCCCUGGCAUUGCCAUCGCUGACACUGACGCUGCCGGUACCGAUGUUGCCGCAGGACGAAUGCAUAUUAGUGUGAUUUACUACGACCGUCAGUUGUAGAAUGGAAAUGUCAAAAAGUAUAAGCGUAUGAAAUAUAAAUUCGAGUUGGAAAAUAUCCCCCAUAAUACAGAAAGAGAUAGACCAUAUUAUAGGUAUAUGUUAACGGAAACUACUCUCUUAUUCGGCAAAAAUAUUCUAACAAGUGUAUUAGUGUUGUAAAUGUGUAAUUUGCCGUUACACCUAAAGUGCAGUGUUAUAGUGUGUGUUGUGUAGUAAAAUUUAGUGCCAGCGCGGAGCGGGGGGCACGACGACGCGACGUGACGUAACGAAAGUGCCCGUGCUGUGACGACGAAUAUUCUGGAGUGAGGAGCUUUGCAACGUUGCCAGCAGGAAAGUAAGCAGGAUUUGCUGCCUUUUGGACUUGUGUGACAGGCGGCGUAGUUUGUUUGGAUUAAUUUUUUUGUCUCUUUUCAUAUAUGUUACCAGCGACACCAUCACUAUCAUAGCAACAAGAAGCUGUGCAACGACUUAUCUCCGGUUGAGAGUUAAGCAACCACGGGGAAGGCCGGCAGCAAGGAAAGAAGGAUAGAAGCAAAAGUGGAAGGACCAUUAGACACAGCGUAGCGUAGAAUAUCGAUUCACCAUGUGCCAUGGAGAAUUGCUUGGGAGGACGGCGCAGCAAACAAAAGCAACAGCCACCACCACCACCAACGCUACCACUAACAUCAACACAGCAGCAGCAACAGUCUUAUAUCCAAAAUCAUCUCUACCCUCAGCAUCAACAUCAGCUUCAGCUCCAGCAUCACCCACAUUCGCAUCUGCAGGCGCAUCAUCAUCACCAUUACCAGCAGAAGCAUCAUCAGCAGCAGCAGGAACAACAACAACAGAAUCAACUGUUCCACCAACAGCGUUCGCAUCACCCAAGUUACCAGAAGUACAACUCAGGUGCAAUGCCUGAUCGGGUUCCGGGAAGUGGAGGUGCAGCAGCUGCACAGCAACAGCAACAGCAGCAACAACAUCAAUCCCAAUCCAUUUUAUACCCCCACUUUCCAUCCCCACUUGAUUAUCCGUCACAAAUGGGCCUGACAACAAAUAUGAAACAGAUUAAUAAAACACCUCCCGCCGCCAGCCCAACGAUAACAAGUGGCGCUGGAAACGGUGGACCACCAACGCAGUCUAGCAAUGUUCAUCACAUGCAUCACCAUCACACCCAGUCACACCAUAUGAGUGCUGUGAGUGUUGUUUCUGAAUCUGGAGCCAAUAUUAAUGCUCUAGGUAUGGGUUCGGGGAGCGUUGGCAUAAGUCCAAGUAACCGGAGAAUAAUUCCCCGUUAUCCUGAUGAUCCUAACGCCAUCGAGGUGUGCACUCAGGACAAAGACCAACAGCAGCACCCGAUUUCGAUAAAGUCAUUCCGGGGGAAAAAGUCGUCGCCAUCGGUGAGUGUCUCGCCAGGAGGAGCUGUGGCGUCAUCCUUGGGUAACGAUGCGGCUGCCUCCGCCAUAAAGUGGUCGUCUUCCCAAUCCAAUAUAGGGAUGAUGGAGGCAAUGGCAACGACUACUUCAUCACCUGGCCUUAGUAUGGUGCACCAUGCGAUGCAUCAUCAAGACUACUCAUAUGCCUACUACGAGCCGGGAGCUGCAAUGCGCCACUCAAACAUUCCACCACCGGAACAAUUGCCUGGCUCUUCCAGACCACCACCUCCGAACUCUAUUAGGGCUCUUCUAUCUAAGGGCAAAAAGAACAAACAGCUUGUCUCACCGGCCACAAGACAGUCCUAUCAGACACGUUACGGUGGUACCCAUGAAAAUUUUUACGAGGAAAUUUCCGGAGAAAAUCGCACUCAACAAAUUUCCGGUGCCGCAUCUACAAGUUCCUCAUCUGGAUCAGGUGCAGGAAUGCGAGCGACAACAUCGCAUUCUGCCGGUUCACUCAAUCAGUCUAUGGUCGAGGAGGAGUUUCGUCGUGUCCAGAAUCGUCAUCGGAAGAUCUUAGGAGAGCUAAAUUUAUCUGUGGAGGCCAUGCUUAUGCCCGAAACCCCUCCAAGCGGCAGUCCCACAGACGAGGAUAACCAACCAGCAGCAUCGACAACAGUGACGGUGGACACUCGGGCAUCCCGGAAUCGACACCACGAUGCAAUUUCCGAGGCAAACAUUGCCGAUCUGCUUAGUACGGUGGGCCCGUCCGAUGACCUGCUGUCACCGGUUGCAACAAAUACGAACCCAGCCUUUUGUGGGGAUUUGGAUAGUGGCUUUAGUGGAAGCAGCGGAGCAAGUUAUAUUGGAAGUCUGCGUCUACACAAAACAAAUGCAGCUCUAUCGAAUUUAUUGACCGCUAGGCAGACAGCUACUGCGGCAGCAGCUGCCGGCCAGAAUAGGCAUAACUCACAGAAUUGUGCGUUUUUUGGGUCGAAUAGUUGCCGUUCAUCGCAACGUUCACAAGACCAGGAGUCGGGAAAUAGUGUUUUCCUCACAAGGACGUCGUGCGGUCAUAGAGUGUUGAAUUGUGCGAAAAUCAAGGCUGCUGAAGACCCCGGACCAAUUGUGCCAACUGAAUCGAAGGCCAGAAGCUUCUGGAACCGAAAGGGCUGGCGCAAACUGCCUGGGUUCUCAUCAACUUCGAGUAUUAACGAUGCUGGAAUUUCUGAUGAGCCAAAACUAAGCGCUGGCUCGUGGGAAGAUCCUUUGCCUGUUUCAACGUCGACUACAUCCAUUACAACGGCGCAACUACACAAUUCAUCACUACGUCGACCGGAUCCCCUGUGCACACGUUCAUCGUACAACGGGAUUCCCAAUCAAUUGAUACUUCCUUCCCAACACCAUCAUCAUCACACCAAAAGCUGUGGCAGCCCAUCGACCUUAGGUAUCGGUGCUCUAGGCGGUAGCGGAAGUGGCAGUAUUGGUAGUGUUGGUGGUGGUGGCGGCGUCGUUGGUAGUGGCAACAGUGGCGCCGACAUUACAACAAAUAACAGUUCCAACAAUUUGGUUGGAAGUAAAUCUGAAAGCGGUGUCGGAUGUAAAAAACGUUUGGAACAUACCCCAUCAGCCCGAACGAUAAAUAGUUCGGAAGACAGUUGGUGUUCAGAACGAUCCGAACAGGAUUUAUCAUCCGAAGAGGAGGACCAAGAAGAAGACGAUCGUUCUGAACGCAGUGUUGCAUCCAAUACAGGCCAUCAGCGUAAUAGCCAACUUCGUUCGACGUUCAAUAAAGCCAAACAACAUUUGUCAUUUGACAAAUGGCGUUCAAGUGGCGGAAGUGGUGGCUCGAACAACAGCAAUUCGUCAACUUCCAAUCAUACAAUUCAACAUCAGCACCAACACCAACAGCAACAACAACAACACAAUCUGCAGCAGCAUUCAUCUGCCGAUAACAUUAGUGCCAAAAGCAGCACUAUGCCAACAGCCCAUCAUCAUCACCCUGCGCAGGACUUGACGACACCUGGCGAGACGCCAGGCGGUCGCUUGUCGCGAUGGUUUUCAAUACGGCGAGGAUCGUCGCAUCAGUACGAUGUGGGCGGUCGAGAUGGACGUAAUUCAUCGUCAAGCAGUAUUGACACAACCGACGCUAGUACAAUAGAAAACCAUCCGUCUCCUAAAAUAGCUGCAGUUGCAUUAAAUUCGGCAAAAAUGCCAGAACUACUUGAGAAUGACGAUGAUACAACGCAUGGUUUUGAUUUGGAUCUAAUACUGCCGCCUGGCAGUAGAGCCAAUGGAACAGCUCGAACCCAUACCAGACUGAUAACACCAAUGCUACCGCCUGCCCCUCAAGGUUUGUCUCAGCAACAGCUUAAACGACGCCAUAUCGUUGCGGCUAUUGUUCACAGUGAGAACUCCUAUGUUGCCACACUUCAACGUCUAGUCAAUGAUUACAAAAAACCCCUCGAAGAAAGCAGCCCACCAGUAUUGAGUAGUUCAAAAAUAUCCACCCUGUUCCAUCGUCUGCCCGACAUCUUGCAAUCGCACAAAGUGUUUCGCAUUACGCUGGCCGAAUGCGUACGCAAUUGGGAUCGUGAUGAAAAGAUCGGCGAUGUAUUUGUGUGCGCUUUCAGCAAGCCCCAAGUUCUGGAAGUUUAUAGUGGAUUUAUAAAUAAUUUCUCAUCGGCAAUGGAACUGGCCAAAAUGGAAGAGAAACGCAAAUCAGCUUUGGCGGAUUUCUUCAAAGUAAAACAAAUUAGCGCUCAUGAUCGAUUAUCAUUUUUUGGUUUGAUGGUCAAACCUGUACAGAGAUUUCCACAAUUUAUAUUGUUCCUUCAAGAUUUGCUCAAAUACACACCACAAGGCCAUCAUGAUCGAAUGUCAUUGCAAUUGGCUCUGAGUCAAUUGGAAUUGCUGGCAGAGAUGUUAAAUGAACGUAAACGAGAAGCCGAACAGCAUCAGGGUUUCAAGGAGAUGUUGGGUCAUAUAAGUGGCACAUUUAAUACACGUUCGUUGACUUCGAGUGAUAAUAGUCGACCAAGGUAUCUUUUGCGAGAAGAUAAUGUCACACAUAUGGAAUUCAAUCAGGCUGGAUUUAUAGUUAAGACGAAACAAAGACGUUUAUUAUUGUUAAAUGAUAAGGUUAUCUGUGUUUCAGUGGCACCGAAGCAAUCACAUGAUUUUGGUGCCACUGAGAAGUUGUCGUUCAAGUGGAUGUACCCAGUGACCGAUGUGGAAAUUAUUGAUAAUAGUACUUCGGCAACAUUGUCAAGGAUAUUGACUGCAGGUCUCAAUCGCGGAGGAAGUCUUAAAUCGAAUAGCAGUUCAUGCAAUAAUGAUUUGCAAGCCACAAUACUCACAAACGGAGCCGACAAUCUAUGCAAUGAAAUGAGCACACUAAUGUAUGACUAUGAAGUUAUUUCGCGUAUCCAUGAUCUCGUUGGCAGCCUGAAGGGCAACUACAAAGAGCUUAAUUCGAAUACUACACGAAAUCUCUUGAACACCAUCCAGGGAUCAAUUCAACGAAAAGACGAAGAAAUGGCUUGGGUUGACUCGUGUUGCCUGCAGCUGAUUGCACGCAAUAAGUCGGGCAAAGAAGAGACAUUCACAUUCCAGACACAAAAUCCUGCGGUAAAGAAGGAAUGGAUCACUGAGUUGCGGCUGGCCCAGCUGGCCUUGGAUACAAACAAUUCACCGGCAUGGGAAUUAACUGAGCAGCACCACGACCAAAGACCAUCAUCGACAAAGAUGCCACUUUUUGUAAAAGCAAUGCCUGUCUUUAAGUCACAGCAUCAAACGGAGGUUCGCUGUGGAUGUUACUACAGCAUCGCCAAUGAUACAAAAGUGGGAACAGCUCGCAGGCGUUUUAAGAAGCAAAACUACCUUUGGGUAUGUACCAGUGAUGGUACUAGCAGCCACAUAGCUGUACUCUCUCAACAUCAUCAGCAAGCUGGUAACCUAAAGGAUGUUGGUUCCUUUGAUUUGGUCGAAACCCAAGUGAGCAGCAUGGAAUUUGUGAAGGGCUUGGAAAAUUGUAAAACCAAGGAAGAGCAUAGUAGCCUUUUGGGUGACCUCAUCUGGAUGGGUACGGACAGUCGACGGAUCCUUAUUUACUCUGCUCUGAAUCCCGAACAAGAAGAACAAUUGGGAUGUUGUGUUGUUCCUGCAGUUGUGGUCAAAAUUUUGUAUCAUUUUGAUUCGGUGUUUGUUGCCUUGUCCAAUGCGACGUUGCUUAUUUAUCGUCGAGCAUUUGAUGGAGUCUGGCUUCUGAAGGAACCUCAAGUCGUGCAAUUGGGUGACAGUGCAUUGCCUGUGUCAAGUAUUUUACCUAUCAACAUGAAUAUCUAUGCAAGUUGUUCAAAUCGUGUUUAUGUGCUCAAUGCUCUUACUGGGGACAUUCAAAAAAGUUUUGAAGUUCAACAUGGUGCCACCCAACAGGUCAAUCUAAUGGCUCAUUCCGGAAUCGGUCUAUGGAUUUCAUUGAAGAAUUCUUCGAUAUUGUGUCUUUACCAUACAGAAACCUUCAAGCAUUUGCAGGACAUAAAUAUUGCAGCGAGUGUUCUGCGAAGUAAAGGUACCAAAAAAGAGAGUGUAAAUAAUAAUUCAAUAUACGUGACAGCCUUGAUGGCGUGCAAGGGUCUUCUAUGGGUUGGAACAAACGUUGGAAUAGCCGUUACGAUUCCCCUACCACGCCUUGAAGGCGUCCCCAUAAUCAGCGGAGGUGUCAGUAUGUCGUGCCAUGCUCACUUUGGUCCAAUUACUUUCCUAUUGCCAUUGGUAGCCAAACCAUUUUCAAACUACAAACCACCUCUACCUGUUGUGUUGCCAAUUGAAACUCCGCAGCAGAACAUGGGCGAUGAUCUCAUGCUGCCUGCAAUAGAUUCCGACAAGAAAGAUUCGGAUCUCGAUGAUGCGGUUGUUAUAAUGCGAAGAGACUUGAAAGACGACUCUCUGAAUACUAGCAUGGAACAAGAAUCACCCAUUAGAGGGAAGCUUGAGAAACAACACUCGUUGGAUCAAUCGUUUUCGGCAAAAAUUCGGGCUCAGUUAGCAAAUAGUCCAGCGUUGAGUCGAAAAAGGUUCCGCGAUGCUUUGACAGAUGUUUCUAGAAUGUCUAAAACUCUUCCUCGAGGACUGGGCUCGGCAAGCUUCUUUAACGCAUCAAUGCAUUCGAACACAUCAUCGAUACAUCAUGCUGAUCAUGGAUAUUGUGAUGUAUACGGCCUCUAUGGCAAGUUGAUAUUCGUAAAAGAAGACUAUGAUGCUGAAGAGGGUGCCCAGGGUAAUCUAAUGGACAUGAUGUACGAAGGAAUGCGAAGAUCAGAUCCUGAAUUGGCUGCCAUUCCUGGCAAGGUCAGCACCCUGGAUCGGCGUUUAAGAAUGAAAGCGAGUCGUCCAAGGUCACUCGAUCUUUCCAAUUGGUCGGUUGACUCGAAGUCGUCCAGCUUGUAUACAUCGUCAGGCAGCGAAGAGAGUAUGGGUAUUCGUUUAUUCGGUGGCAGGAGCGUGUCCCGUAAUAGCAGCAGUGCCAGCCACAAAACCUCCGGAAAUGGAAGCGAUUUGGGAAACAUCUCCGAAAAUGGUACAAUCACAGUUGAUGUACAUCACAGUACUCCUAAGUGCGACGAUAAUUUCAAAAUCCCCCAUAGCAUUACUGAAGCACCAACAAAGCCUACAUCAUCCAAAACUGGCCAGCACUCAAUGACCGCUGCUGCUAGUGCGACACUGAAGAGAAAGAACAAGGCUAAUGCAAAGAAUGCAGCCAUGAAUGUCGAUGGUCCAAGGACAAUAAUUACUCUGAUGGGUGGGCGUGGUUAUUGGCGUCACGUGUGGUACAAUAAUUCAUCACCAAGUGCGAAAUCAACAGGAACAACAAGUGGAACUUCGAGUACAAUUUCGAGAGUAGCAAACUCUAAUGAUGCACAUAUUGUGGUGUGGGAAAAGAAGUUAUAAUCUACGGCCAGGCCAGAAUUAUUUGGCCAUCGCUUGGGAUUAAGGGGACUAAGGGUACGGUUUAAAUGAUAGGGUAAUCGUAGUCUUUACAUGUUUCAGGGAUUUUAUGAGGUCAUUUUUCUCAAAACAUAAUAAUUUUUAUUUGCUUUGAUUCCAGUGAAAUAUUUUUACCUUUUUCAAAUAAACUCAUAAUUUCCGGCUUAUAAAUUUUACAACUUACAUGUUGAAACUUCCGAAAAUUGUCUUAAGGGUCCAAAUAUGUUGACAGCAAACAUAUCCAUGCUUUUACUAAAUGAAGAUUUGCAUUCAUUUUUUUAUAAACACAAACCAUUUUCUCCUCAUGUAUGCCCGAAACUUUGUACAGCAUCAGUUUAAGCACACUAGAUGUAGAUUGUCUUCAAAACUGAAAUAACUUCACGCGGUAGAUCUAAAUAAUAAAAAUAUUCAAAAUAUUAACAAUUUAUUUUUUACCUUUUUUCACCAAUUUAUAAGCUUUUUGUAAAUAUUGUAAAAUGCAAAGUAUAUCAUGAAAUAUGGGUUUUCAUUUAAUAAAGUUUUUUUUACAAACAUAUAUAAAUAUUAACAUACAUAAUAUACACAAAUAUUUCUAGUUUAUAUAGUUAAAUAUAAACGACACACAAAUCGCAUAUACAAUAAACUGAAAAAUAUUAUAUAUUGUUGGUUUGCAAACAAAAAAAAUAUUAAAAUUAGAAUACGAUAUUAUGUUAAAUUUAUGUAUUUAAGUUAAUUAAAAUCGAAAAGUACAUCAUCAAACUUUUGUUAACCAAUUGCACACGAUUAAGCAUAUUUUUAAUAAUUUUCAUAUCAACAAGUUUAUACUAUUAUAAAACUUAAUUUGUUAAUAUAUCUUAUAAUAAUUAUUAUUAUACUUUUAAAAUAUGAUAACAUAUUGAUUUAUGUAUUAGGUUUUGUACUCGAAUAGAGAGAUAAGGUUAUUUUCUUGUGUUUUUUUCUUCAGAUUAUAAUUAUAUUUGAUUUUGUUAAAAGUUAAAAAUGUUUUCUUUGAUGAAGAAAAAUGUUUUUUUUUUUCAUUUCAAUAUUAUUUAGCUUUGUUCAAUCCUUGCAAGCAUUUAAGAGCAAACAAAAAAAGAACAAUAUAAAUAAAUUGGAAUUGAAACUGAAAUUUAAAUUUGUUUUUUUUUCGUUAUUUGAAACUAUAAAAAAAUAAUUUCAUGGAUGUAUAAGAUGUUAAAAAAGUAAAUAAAUAUAAUAUAAUUAUAUAUAUAUAUAGCUGUAAAGAUUACACACAAAAAAUAAAAUAUUUUAUUUGGUAAUUACAUUUUAUUAAAAACAGAAAAACGUUAUUGUUGUAAAUUAAUAUAAUGCAGAUCACAUCAUUGAAAUUAUACAUACAAGACAAAAUCAUUAUUAUACUAUUACAAAAAGAAAACACAUUUAAAUGAAUAUAUAAUGAUAUGGAAUAUUAUUAUCACAUUUAAUUAUGAAUAACAAAAAUUUAAGAAAUAAACAAAAUCAAAAAAAUA